CAAUUCACACAUUCUAAACCUCCACACUUCACAAAUUCUUCCUUUUUCCCCCUAACUCUUAAUCAUCGCUUUGGUCAAUCGCCUUGCUUAACCACCAUCUCCCAUCAUUUCGACUGUGAAUCUAUUUGUUGAUCCAGUCGUAUUGAUAACUUUGGAUGUCAUUUUUCGAUAUUUCUCUUCUUGAAGUAUCCUAAUUCUCGCUCGUACGUCUACUAACCUUAAUACUACUACUAAGCCGACCCUUCCUACGCUACCACCGAAAUUCAUCAUCACCGCAACGACGAUGUCUUGGGCAGCACCCCCGCCAUCAAAUGGCGCCCAGGCGAAGCCUUAUCCUUAUCAAACAGCCAUGAACACCGCCUAUACCGCAGUCCCGGUUCGUCAGGGCUUUGGUCAAGCAUACCAAACUCAACCACAAUAUAGCUACUCUUCCCCUGCUAAUACUCAACCUCCCGCAACCUCCAUGACUUCUUCUGCGGAUCAGCAAUCUCAGCAACAAAAGUUUGAUUGGCCAGAUUCAGUUCGCAGCUAUGUCCAACGAUCUUUCCAGUCUUCCAACCUAGAUCCAAGCGUAUCCCGCACCGAAAUGGAAGCCAAACUAAAACAUAUUAUCCAAUACACCCAGGAAUGUCGAACCAUGUACACCACGGACUGGAACAGCAUGCCGCUCCCGCAGGUCAUGAUCAAGAACGAGCGACAACAGGCCUUAAUGCAAUCCAUGACGCCUUCAACUGUAUCUGAGCCAGCUACUCCUUCUUCUACCGUUGCAUCGACCAACUCUAAGAAGAGAAAGUCUUCAGAUCUCAGCGGAUCCGAUUCAAGCAGUGGCAUCACAGUACCUUGGCGUAGUGCUAAAGCACUCUCAUUAGGAGAUCGAAUCACCAAACCCUCCAUGGAUAGCCCUUCCUCGGCCAAAAGUAAGUUCCAGAAGAAUGUUGAGAAGCGACAACGCCGCGGUGAUGGUGGGUAUCAGUCUACCUACCGAUCUCCUAGCCCUCCGCCCUCAAAUGGCCCCAUUGUUGGACUGAACCAAAAUUUGGAGAAACGAUACCUACGCUUGACUGCCGCCCCAAAGCCGGCCGAUGUCCGACCUGAGCGUAUCUUAUGGCAGACUCUAGAUCUUCUGAAAAAGAAGUGGCGUAAGGACGGCAACUAUAACUAUAUUUGUGACCAAUUUAAGUCGCUGCGCCAGGAUCUGACAGUGCAGCGUAUCAAGAAUAACCUAACCGUUUCCGCUUAUGAAAUCCAUGCCCGAAUUGCGUUGGAGAGGGGGGAUCUUGGUGAGUAUAAUCAGUGUCAGACCCAGCUACGUGCCCUUUACAAUUCCGGUCUGAAGGGCAGCUCUAUCGAGUUCAAGGCGUAUCGUAUUUUGUAUUUCAUUCACACCGCAAAUCGGACGGCGUUGAACGACGCCAUCGCAGAUCUAACCACAGCAGAGAAAGAAGAGCGGCCCAUAAAGCAUGCCUUGAGUGUGCGUUCAGCUCUGGCUCUAGGCAACUACCACAAGUUCUUCCAACUGUACCUCGACGUUCCCAAUAUGGGAGCAUAUCUUAUGGAUAUGUUUGUCAAGCGUGAACGAGUGGCUGCAUUGGCGAACAUGUGUAAGGCGUUUAAGCCGGAGUUGAGACUCCGCUACAUUACUGAAGAACUGGCUUUUGAGUCUGAUGUUGAAGCCGUGCAGUUCAUCAUCGAUCACGAUGGUCAAGAUCUACUCCAGGAACGACAAGAUUGCAUUGUCUUCCUGAGCGGCAAGGCCGGGACGCUAUUCGAGACAGCUAGAGCUGAAGCGUUCCGUAGAGUCGAUCUGAAAGGUCAGAUCUGAUUCAUCGUACAGACCUCAGAAGCCUUCAUCUCGUCCGUUAGGCGCAUGGGACGUUUUAUUACUAGUAUCAGUGAUUACAACAAGUCACCACGCAUCUUAUUCGUUGUAAACACCCUCACAUCUCGACACAUGCCGAUUAUUGAUCUUGACGAGAUAUGUCGUAUAAGAUGGACGACUCUAGACACCAAAACUUGGCUCAACUUCCAAGUAUAUAUCUCGUGAUGCAAAUAUGCAUAUCUUUUUCUUUCAGUCGAUUUAGUUGCCCACCGCGCACUUCUCACGGAAUACCCAUGCAUUGACUUUUCCUUUACAGCAGGCGAUCGGGUCCGGUUUUGCUUUCCUGGCUGGUAGGAUCAUUGAUGAGGGGGGCCACUCCGGUUUCGAUGGUGGCGUUAGGCGUGAGAGGUCUGGUUUGGGGUUAUGGAGUUUGCCUGGAUAGCAGGCGCGGUUUGCUAUCAGAAAACGCUAUGGAUUUAGCAACUCUAGACCAAGUGGCCUAGUCAGUACUUAACCAGUAUCGUGGCAUUAAGGGGGUUGACAUGCUUGGAGCCUACCUCGGCUAUCGUAACUUCGUAAGAAGACAGCCGCAGGUAGUUGGAGAGCUAGUCACUGAAUAGGUAGAGCCUUGCCAAAGGGUCAGUUUGCGAAAAGCCUGCCCUUGGUGCUGACUAUCAUACAUUCGAGUCUUAGCAUAUUAAUAUACCUACUGCCGCCG